AUGCAGCCGAACCCGAACUGGUCGUCGCUCUACGCUCCGGCUGCAGAGAUUCAAUCUUACCUUCAAGACGUAGCGCACAAAUACUCUGCGGACCGCUUCAUCAAGCUACGCCAUGAGAUUCAAGCAUGCCACUGGGAUGACAAGACUGCGAAGUGGAACAUUACGGUGAAAAAUCUCGCCACAGGAGAAGUGGUACAAGACAAGGCAGACGUGCUCAUUUCAGGGAGAGGCAAUCUGAACACACCGUCUUGGCCUGAGAUAGAGGGCUUUGAGACGUUCAAAGGCGAGGUCAUGCAUUCGGCAACCUGGAACCAAGUCUACGACUUCGAGAACAAGCGAGUAGGUGUCAUCGGUUCCGGCUCUUCCUCUAUCCAGAUCGUCCCCUCGCUGCAACGUCUACCGGGUACUCAUAUCAGUACCUUUGUGCGUAGUAAGACAUGGAUAUCGCCUCCCUUCGGCCAACAGCUAUGGGACAAAUACGGCUUCAAUGGUUCAACGAUUCCCCAAGAGCUUCGCGACCGUUUCGCAAGCGAUCCAGAAUACUACCACAAAUUCAGGCUUUCGGUUGAGGAAGACGGAAACGGUAUCCACGCUGUAACCAUGAAAGGUACCGAAUUACAAAAGGGCGCAAAGGACAUGUUCCAUGAGCACAUGAAGGAGAGGCUAAAGACCAAGCCUGAGAUCUUCGAAGCACUCUUACCCUCCUUCUCGCCCGGAUGCCGUCGCUUGACGCCCGGUCCAGGCUAUCUCGAAGCCCUAACGCAGCCCAACGUCGAUUUCAUCACAUCACCCAUAACACGCAUUUCCGCAUCCGCAAUCCACACCGCCGACGGCAGGACGCACGAAAUCGACGCUCUCGUCUGCGCCACCGGCUUCAAAGCCUCAGCCCCACCGCCCUUCCCCCUAACCGGCAGCAACGGCCUAUCCCUCACCAAAAAGUGGGAAGACCGCGCCGUAAACUACCUCUCCCACUCCGUCUCCGGCUUCCCCAACCUCUUCACCAUGCUCGGUCCCAACGCGGCCAUCGGCUCCGGCAGCCUAACCUGCAUGAUCGAAACGGUAGGCGACUACAUCAUCAAAGCGAUCCGCAAGAUCCAAAAAGAAAACAUCGCAGCCAUGGUCGUGAAAGAAGCGCGUGAAAAGGACUUUAUCGAGUACGUCGACGCUUACUUCCAGGGCACGGUCUUCGCCGACGAAUGCAGGAGUUGGUAUAAGAAUAAGGGGACGGGUGAGGUUGUGGGGCUCUGGCCUGGAAGUACGCUGCACUGUGUUGAGGCGAUGAGGAGUCCGAGGUGGGAAGACUUUGAGUAUCUUUAUCUUGAUGAGCUGGAGGGAGGCAGUGAUGGUACGGAGUUACACGGUGUGGGCACGAAGGCAAACAGGCUGGCUUGGUUGGGCAAUGGCUGGAGUAGUAAGCAGAUGGAGGGGAAGGACUGGGCGUGGUAUUUGUAUCCCGAAUUCGUGGAUAAGCCUGUUAGUCCGCUGCCGGAGAAGAAGGGAGCGUACGGGGUUAGGCCGUUUUCUUAUUGA